AAAUUUCAAUUUCAAUAAACAAAUAGUGGAAAAACAUUAAAAAAUGUGAAGUAAAAAAAAAGAAAGUAGAUUCUAGUUUUAUGCUGAAUUAAAGUUAAUGUCAGCUUAAUAAUUAAGCAAGCUAGUUGAUUGGUGGUGGCUUUAUGCUCUUAUUGUCAAAAAAUAUCCAAAGCCACCAUUCACAGCAUAACCACCUUACAUGAUAACAGUAAUAUACCAUUCCCCAACAUGACACUGAUGAAACAGAGGAAUCUAACCCACGUUACAUGUAUCUUAUAAAGGAACCAACUUUCAAUCUGAACCUAGUUGAGUUUACCCUUCUUCUCUGAAGCAUCGCUCUCUCCUUUCUGAUCAUGAAAUCCUGCAUAAGCCUAAAACUAAGGCUAAGGCUUCCACCAGCUAAAAAGGCAUGGAAGAGCUUCACUUCUACAAUUGGUAAACUCAGUAAGUCCAAAUCCAAAACCAUGAAGAAACCUAGAAAGCUUUCAAAACCUACCACCAAAUUUGCUACCUCCAAGCGUUUUUUUCGCCACAAAAGGUUACGCACAGUCAGAAGUUUGCUCUUGGGGUUCCACAAGAAGCCUGCGCCUGUGUACAUUGAUAAGCUCUUCAAAGAGCCUUCAUGUGACUUGGUGGGGCAGUUGAAGCCACCGACAGCAUACAAAUCACGAACUAAAAGGCUGUCUGGAGAAGAAGGAACAACAAAGGGUGGUAGAUCUUGCGGCUCAGAUGACAUGUGGGAGUCACUGGCGUUGGCAUCACCUCAGAUGCAGGGAAUAGAUGAACGAGCAGAGGAGUUCAUCACUAGAUUCAGACAAGAGAUGGCAGCGCAAGAGAUGAUAGCAAGAAAUUUUUAGCAAAAGUUCAGGAUUUUCGUGAAGUUGUAGCGUAAUAACUGUUAAAUAUGGAACUUCUAGAUAGUUGAUGGCUGGUAUGUGUGGAUACUCUUAUCAACUUGUGAUUUUGUUCGUAUUUUUCAAUCCAUUCUGAUGAUAAAAAAAAAAAAAAAAACAGCUUUGCUUUUUUUCUUACUUUACAACUAUGACAUGAAAGAUAACUCGUUUAAAAAACAGCAUAGCCAUGAGCUCUUUAAUUUUUCUACUACAGUUCAUUAUAAUCCUAAAGAUAUGAUCUUAAAACAAUGUAAUUCAUCAUAUUCUUUAGACAGAAGACCCCUAAGCUCC